AUUGCGGUUUCAUCCAAUCCUAGAGCAAAUGUCGCUAUAGUGACGUCACUAUGAGGACGUUCAAGCUUCGUAUUGGAUGAAAUCGUGAACACUUGAUUUACUUCAAAUGCAUAGAUAAAUAAAUCCUAGUAUAGUGAUGGUCACAGGAGGAUGGGUAGGGGAUGUGUUCUUAUAAUCAGAUGUGAUGUGUGCUGCUGAUACAUAGAUAAAUUAUUAUAUUUGUAUUGUGUAACAGUUCACUACACAAUGAUUCUAUGUGGAAAAGCGGUAUCGGUUUCUCACGCUGUGAAAGUGGAUUUGACAUCAAUCUAAGGAAACGCCAAAAAAAGAAAAACGCAUUCGGGUAGUUUCCCCACAGCAAAAACCCUGAAGGUUGUAAAAUAAUUGCGGGUAGUCGACUAGCUUAAGUACAGAAAAUAUAUGUGAAUUUGGACUGAUCAAGAACUUAAUCAAUCGCGAUCACUGUUUCUUAUGACUCGCAUGGCUGUUAACCCUAUCCCCGCUCUGCAGUGGAUAUUUUUAAUAUAAACAAAAUAUGGAAAAAUGAAACAGUCUUCGUUUUUUAUUUUCAUGGCUUCGUGUCUGUGAAAUGGCUAACGAUAGGGAAGUUUUGAGAUUGAUUUGGGAAGGGAGAUUACCUGUUUGUUUCCAGCUAAAUUCUGAAGAAGUAUGUGGUUUGCAUACUCCUGAUCCAUUUUAUUUAAUGGUUCCCCGUCUCAGCUACUUUCCUUUAGUAACUGACAAAAUCCGGAAACAUUUUGUUCAAUACAUACAUUCAGAUAAGCAAGACUCUGAAAUGUGGCUUGAUUUUAGUGGGAUGGCUCUUAAAUGGCAUUAUCCUAUUGGAGUUUUGUACGAUUUGUACAGUGCUGACAUUCAGCUUCCCUGGACAAUUACUGUUCACUUUGACAAAUUUCCUGAAGAAGAAUUGAUUCAUUGCCAAUCUAGAGAGGCUGUUGAAUCAUACUUCAUGUCGUGCAUAAAGGAAGCAGAUGUUUUGAAGCAUCGGAGUCAAGUGGUUUCAAAUAUGCAGAAAAAAGAUCAUAAUCAACUGUGGCUUGGCCUACAAAAUGAUAAAUUUGACCAGUUUUGGGCAGUAAAUCGAAAAUUAAUGGAAGUGCCUGGCGACGACUCCUUCAAAUACAUACCGUUUCGAUGCUAUCGAGGAGAGGAGCCCUUCCUUCAACGGCUGAUAAAGCCUCUCACUGAAGAAGGCCAACGCAAAACUUUAUUAAAUUUGAUUGAAGAAGUCUACCCUAAUGAGAAAGUUCGUGUUACAACACAUGGAAUUGAACCUCCUAUGGACACUCCGUUACAAUGGAUGAGCGAACAUUUGAGCUACCCUGAUAACUUUCUGCACCUUUGCAUUCAAGCUUAAAAGGAACCCUUUUAUAAGGCACACAUCUGUGUUGAAAUGUUAAUUACAAGUUGCUCUAUAUCUCUCUUAUAAAUAAUUGAUGUCUCUUGCAUUCCAAGUUGUUUUUGUUGUGUUUAAUUUUGCUAUAAUUGCUUCAGUGAAGUAUGUACAUAAAAGAUGUUGUGCGUAGCCUUAAUGUAUUAAGAUGUAUAUUAAAUUAUAUUAAAUUUGUUAUAAUUAUUAUUUGUCUGAGUAAAUGUGAAAUGAUUUUUAAUUGUUUCAUACAAUUUCUUAAUUCAGUUUUCUGUUCAGUCAUUUCAUUUUGUUGAUUGAUUGAGAAGUAAAGGAAGGUAUAAACUGUUGUUUAGUGCUCUUAUUCAAGGAAUGUACCAAGGUCACUCAAAAGAAAGACUAUCCAUAAUUGUCAUUUUUAGUAUGGCAUCAGGUAAAAGAUUUGCUGGUAAUGUAAUUUCUAUUGUACAAAUAAAGUUAGUUAGGUUUGUUAUUGAGAAAUUUCAUGUCAAAUCACGCAUCUAAUAAAACAUCACUAUUUUUUAGUGACUCAAAACUUAUUUUAUCAGGUGUAGAAUUGAAAAUAGGUGUCCUGUUUUUUUUCUUUUUUCUCAAAUCCAACUCCUUUCAGAAAUAUUACCAAUUAUUUUUUCAGUAAAAUCGUAUGUGCAUUAAUAUUUAAAGAAUUUU